AUGCAGUAUUGUUCCACAAGAGUGAACGAGAAGCAGAAGAGUCUUGUUGCGUUCCCGAGCAGUAGAAGGGGAAAGAGACGUUCUUUACUGAGUGUUAAGUCAGUCUUAAACAUCAACGACAAUGGAACAGCUGAGCCUUCAAAGCUUCUUCUGGAGAAACUGUUCGCUCAGACACAGAAACUGGACAGACAAACGAAUCAGAACUCGGUUUACUCUGAUGAGGAGGAUCUGCCCUAUUCAAAUCUUGGAGGCCUCGAGCCUGAUCUUCAGGCUGCGCUAAUGGCCUUGUUGAAAAGGGAAGAGGACUUGCAAGAUGCUGAGAGGAAAGUUCUCUCUGAGAAGAAGAAACUAAACAGGGCAAAGGAGGAGUUAGAGAAACGAGAGAGAACAAUCGUGGAAGCUUCUUUGAAGCAUGAAACUCUGCAAGAGGAGCUGAAGCGUGCGAAUGUGGAGUUGGCUUCUCAAGCGAGAGAGAUUGAAGAACUAAAGCAUAAGCUUAGGGAAAGAGACGAGGAACUUGUUGCUAUGCAAUCGUCCUUCGCUUUGAAAGAGCGAGAGCUGGAGAGAAUGCGUGAUGAGAUUGCGAACAAAAGCAAGGAGGUCUCUGUGGCGGUUUCUGAGUUUGAAAACAAGUCACAACUCUUGAGCAAAGCUGAUGAAGUUGUGAAGAGACAAGAAGGUGAGAUAAAUGCACUUCAGAGAGCUCUAAAGGAGAAGGAAGAAGAGCUAGAAGUUUCUAAGGCUGUGAAGAAACUUGAACAGGAAAAGCUCAGAGAAACAGAAGCUAACUUGAAGAAGCAGACUGAAGAGUGGCUGAUAGCGCAAGAUGAAGUGAAUAAGCUUCAGGAGAAAACCGUGAAACGGUUAGGAGAAGAAGCAAAUGAAACCAUGGAGGACUUUAGGAGAGUGAAGAAGCUUCUUACAGAUGUGAGAUUCGAGCUUGUUUCUUCUCGGGAAGCUUUGGUAUCUUCCAGGGAGAAAAUGGAAGAGAAGGAGCUGCUACUAGAAAAACAAUUAGAGGAAGUGGAGGAACAGAGGAAGAGUGUGUAUUCAUACAUGCAAAGCUUGAGAGAUGCUCACACUGAAGUGAAAAGCGAGAGAGUAAAGCUCAGAGUUGCGGAGGCUAAGAACUUUGCACUUGAGGGGAAAAUGUCAAUCCAAAAGAAACUGUUGGAGGAAUUACGUGAGGAGUUGAAGGAAGAUAAAUCUUUGUUGGAGCAAGUUUUGCAUGAUGUAUCAGCUAUUCAAGAUGAGCUAAACAGAAAAACUGAGGCGUUUCAGGUAUUACAGAAUUUACUUAAAGAGAAAGAGUCAAGUUUGGUGGAGGCGAAGCUAGAGAUUCAGCAUCUGAAGGCUGAACAGGCUUCUCUAGAACUGUUACUGCAAGAGAAAGAUGAAGAACUCACGGAAGCUCGAAAUAAACUGGAAGAAGUGCAGCUGGAGGUAACAGAGCUAAAGAUGCUUAUGGCCAGUAGAGAAGAUGAGCUUAUGCAGGCAACGGAAAUGCUGAAGGAGAAAGAUGUCCACCUUCACAGAAUAGAAGGUGAGUUGGACAGUUCCAAGCUGCAAGUCACUGAAGUUGAAAUGGUGGUGAAAAGAAUUGCAGAUUUGACGAGCAGGUUGGUUAUGUCAAGCACCAACGGUGAAGAUCAGAACGCAAUGAGGAUUGGCAACGCGAUCAGCUUUGAUUCAAUGCAGCAACCGGUAGAGAAACCUCAUCAUGGUGAUUACGGAAUGGAGAACAAACGGCUAGCGAUGGAGUUAAACUUUACUAAAGAGAAUCUGCGGAUGAAAGAAAUGGAAGUUCUAGCUGUGCAGAGGGCUUUGACGUUUAAAGACGAAGAGAUCAACGUGAUCAUGGGAAGAUUAGAAGCCAAGGAGCAGGAAGUCAAGAAACUGAAAGAAGAAACGAUCAAUGACAGUGAGGAUUUGAAAACGCUAUAUGCCUUGGCACAGGAGAGAAUCGGGGAGAGAACAAUGGGUGAAUUAGCCAUUGAGAAGCUUCAGCUUGAGGCAGCUCAACUUGAAGUUGAAGCUGCAACCAGCGCAUUACAGAAGCUUGCAGAAAUGAGCACAGAACUUCUGACUCAAGCUGACAUGAGCAUCCAGGCCGAUCCUACUUUCGUUGCAAUGCCUGAAAACUAUUCAGCCGAAAGUAAUGGUUGUAUUGCUGAGGUAAAAACAGAAGUUGUGAGGCUCUGGUCCUUGACAGAGAAACUCCUGGAGAAUGCAGGAAUCGUCGCUGGUACAUCCACAGGCAUGAAAGGUGUGACUAUAUGA